UCGGCCCCGCGGUGGCAGCAGCGGACUCAGGCGGCGGCGCUGCUGAAUCCGGGAACCAGCUGCAGCGGCCCGUGCCUGGCGCUAUGGGCCCAUCCGUUUCAAUGGUGCAGCUUUCCCAAUCUCCUUUCCGUUGCCCGUCGCCUUCAGGCCACUCGGAAGGGGGAGAGGACAAGAGCAUGAAGCCGGCCAAGCAGCAGGUGACCCCUGGCCAACCUGGGGAGAACCAGCCUCCCCUGAGCCCCCUGCAGUCUUCUCUGAACUCUGCUGCCACUCCUUCACAGGCAUAUGAGACUUACAUUGAUAAUGGACUUAUCUGUCUCAAACACAAGAUCAGGAAUAUUGAGAAAAAGAAGCUCAAACUUGAAGACUACAGGGAUCGCCUGAAGAAGGGAGAAGCCCUCAAUCAGGACCAGUUGGAGGCAGUGGAGAAAUAUGAUGAAGUGGUACACAACCUGGAGUUUGCCAAGGAGCUUCAAAAGACUUUUUCUGGACUUAGCCAAGAUCUGCUGAAAGCACAGAGGAAGGCUCAGAGACGGGAGACUAUAAUGAAGCUUGAAGCAGAGAAGAAGAAGCUGCGUACAAUACUGCAAGUGCAGUAUGUGCUGCAGAACUUCACUCAAGAGCAUGUUCAGAAAGAUUUCAAAGGUGGCUUGAACGGUGCAAUAUAUUUGCCUUCUAAAGAACUAGACUACCUCAUUAGAUUUGCAAAACUGACAUGCCCAGAAAGAAGUGAGGGCCUGAGUGUUGAAGACCAGAUGGAGCAAUCAUCACUCUAUUUUUGGGAUCUUCUAGAAGGCAGUGAGAAAGCUGUGGUUGGAACAACGUAUAAACACAUGAAGGAACUGUUAUCCAAACUCUUAAACUCUGGAUAUUUUGAAAAUAUUCCUGUGCCUCGCAACAUGCAAAUAAAAGAGGAAUUGGAAGAGGAAGUAAUAAGAAAAUCUGAGAGAACAAGACCGUUGCCAAAAGGAGAGUCUGUCAAAGAGCCAGAAUCCCUUAUGAAGCUUUUGCAGUCUGAGAUACAGCCACAAGAGUUUCUCAACAGGCGCUAUUUGCCUGAAGCAGAAUGCUCUGUCAAGAAGCCUGAAGAAUGCAAACCUUGGGAAGCCGAGUACACCAGAAAGCAAGAACCUCCAAAAUCCUGGGAAAUGCUUGUUGAUAUAGAAGAACAAGAACAGAAGAAGCAGGAAUCUCUAAAGCCUUGGGAAACUUGUGGUAGGCAUCAGGAACAGAAGAAGCAGGAAUCUCCAAAGCUCUGGGAAGCUUGUGUUAAGGAAGAAGAGGGACAGAAGCAGGAGUCUUCGAAGCCGUGGGAAACUAGUGUCAGGGAGGAAGAACAGAAAAAGCAGGAGACUCCAAAGCCUUGGGUAAUGCAUGUUAGGGAGGAACAGGAUUCCCCAAAACCUUGGAUAGCAAAAGUUAGGGAAGAGCAGGAACAGAAGAAGCAGGAAUCUCCCAGACUAUGGGCUGCAAAAGUUCGGGAAGAGCAGGAACAAAGGAAGCAGGACUCUCCAAGACCUUGGGCAACAAAAGUUAAGGAAGAGCCAGACCAAAAGCCAGAAUCUCAAAGACCUUGGGUAACCCGUGUUAGGGAGGAACCAGAACAAAAGAAGCAGGAACCUGUGAAGCCUUGGGGAAUGCAUAGUAGGGAGGAACCAGAACAAAAGAAGCAGGAACCUGUGAAGUCCUGGGAAACGCGUGUUAGGGAGGAACCAGAACAAAAGAAGCAGGAACCUGUGAAGUCCUGGGAAACGCGUGUUAGGGAGGAACCAGAACAAAAGAAGCAGGAACCUGUGAAGUCCUGGGAAACGCGUGUUAGGGAGGAAUCAGAAGAAAAGAAGCAGGAACCUGUGAAGCCUUGGGUAACCCAAACUAGGCAGGAAUUAGAACAAAAGAAGCAGGAACCUGUGAAGUCCUGGGAAAUGCGUGUUAGGGAGGAAUCAGAACAAAAGAAGCAGGAACCUGUGAAGUCCUGGGAAACAUCUGAUAGGCAGCAGCCAGUAUCAUCGCAGCAGUUACAGAAUACUCCCAAGUCCUGGGGAGCUGCAAGUCUUGUGCCAAAGGAGCAGAUUGGGCCAAAGAAGUUUGAUAUGGAACCCAAAGAUAGACGGGAUCGCAGACAGAAGCAUGAAUCUGAAGUGAAACGUGAUGGAAAAACAGAUGGAUUAAGUGGUGGACAUGGCUUUGAUGCAGUAAGAAAAAAGGAGGCCCUCCAAUCAGUCGGAGAGAGUUUUAAACUACCUAGGAGUCUCCAAAGCAAUGUACAGGUGCCUAAACCUGGACAUCAGUCAGCUGCAGAAUUUUGCUCUACUUCUACUCUUCCAAAGGAUCCUAUACUAAGGAGGGAAAAACUGCAGGAUUUGAUGACUCAGAUACAAGGGACUUACAAUUUCAUGCAGGAGUCCAUCCUGGAUGUUGAUAAAGCUUCACCAAGUGCUAUUUGUUCAUCCCAGCCACCUUCAGUAACUCCAGCAGGUAGCCCUGUAGCUUCUAAAGAACUGAAACUGCCAAGUCAAAAUGACUUUCUUCAACAGCUACCGCAGGCUGCUGCUUCUCCCAUGACCCUGCAUGGCUCAAAUACUUCCUUAGCUGAUCACGCUCUUUCUGGUUCUGAAACAGAUGAUCUUAUGACACCACAGACGCCACAGACAUCAGAACCACUUUCUCAAGAGACUGAGAAUUAUACUUCAUCUCCGCCACCUUAUCAGACAAGCCCCUGCAUAUCUGAGCCAGUUAUAUCCAAAAAGAUUGAAAUUGCCCAGGCAACUAUUCCCCUGCCAAGAGAGCCACAGUCACCACUGCCUACUUCAAGCACCUCUAUGUCACAGGGGCAAACCUUUCAAUCUCCUCCAGCGAGCAGCAGUUCUGUUACCAUAAAUGCAGCUCCCUUUCAGGCUAUGCAGACUGUAUUUAAGGUGAAUGCACCCCUGCCUCCACGUAAAGAGCAGGAAAUAAAAGAUGACUCCUCAUACUCUGCAGGAUAUAACCAGAGUUUUUCUACAGCAAGUACACAAACUCCUCCUCAAUGCCAGUUGCAGUCCACUCAUGUUGCAGAGCAAAACUCUCUUUCACAAGAAACUUUGCCAACAGUUAAUUACCAACCCGAUGGAGCUGUUCCUGUAAGCAAUGGUAGCCUUGCCUUUUAUCCAGCACAGACUGUUUUCACCAGACCCACUCAGCCUUAUCUCAAUAGUCGUGGAUCUGUUAGAGGAUCUGCCAGAGGUGGGAGAUCACUGACCAAUUCAUAUCGUUCCCCUGGUGGAUACAAAGGUUUUGAUGCUUAUAGAGGAUCCCCGUCUAUACCUAAUGGCAACUACAGUCAGCUGCAGUUCGCUGGUAGAGAUUACCCUGGAAUUCCAUAUUCUCAAAGGGAUGUCAAUUACCAGCAAUGCUAUAAACGAGGAGGAGUAACCAGUGGUCCUCGAUCAAACUCAAGAGCAGGAUGGAGUGAUUCUUCUCAGGUGAGCAGUCCAGAAAGAGACAAUGAAACCUUUAAUAGUGGGGACUCUGGGCAGGGAGACUCCCGCAGCAUCACCCCUGUUGACAUGCCAGUGACAAGCCAAGCUGCCACCAUACUACCAGUGCACGUUUAUCCCCUCCCGCAGCAGAUGAGAGUUGCCUUUUCUGCUGCAAGAACAUCUAACUUGGCCCCUGGAACUCUAGAUCAACCCAUUGCAUUUGACCUUCUGCUGAAUAACCUUGGAGAAACUUUUGAUAUUCAGCUUGGUAGGUUUAAUUGUCCAGUGAAUGGCACCUAUGUCUUCAUCUUCCACAUGCUGAAGCUGGCUGUGAAUGUUCCACUGUAUGUAAACCUUAUGAAGAAUGAAGAAGUCCUAGUGUCUGCAUAUGCCAAUGAUGGGGCUCCAGACCAUGAAACAGCCAGCAAUCAUGCUGUCCUACAGCUUUUCCAAGGGGACCAGAUCUGGUUACGUCUGCAUCGGGGAGCUAUCUAUGGAAGUAGCUGGAAAUAUUCUACCUUUUCAGGGUACCUCCUGUAUCAAGACUGAAAUGAGUGUAACGUUUACAAAAAAGCUUCUCCAAACAAAUUGGUGGAGGUGGUGGGGAACUAGCUUUGCACUUAAUACCGAUUUCAUAGAAAUAUAGUUCCAUUAUCUGGGAGAUGGUGGUCCUGUUAUGCAAGGUGAAAUCCUGGAUUGGGUUACUGAAUCAGCACUAAUAUGGCACUUUAUCAAUUGUGAUGUAGCCUUGCUAGUUAAGCUGUGAAUGUAUAUUGUUUGCACUUAUCCUUUAACUGUAUUGAUGUCCAGCUUACUACACUACUGAUAUAAUUGCCUCAAGUAUGGGCUAUUCACAAUGCCUUGUUGUGCCUCAAUAAAACAAAUUAAUAUGCA